UGCCUCGAGGCCGCGCCCCGAGUCCGAGCCCCGCCCUCCUUGCUUGACUGAGGGGCGGAGACGGUGACUGGGCCUUGGCGGCUUCUCCAGUUAACGAUUUGCGAGUCUCCGGGGCUUCUUUUUUUCCUCGUGCGUUGACCGGACAGGAGCUAAGAUGGCGGAUCAGGACGACCAGCUCUCCGAUGAGGAGAAGGUGCGCAUAGCAGCAAAAUUCAUCAUCCACGCUCCACCAGGAGAAUUCAAUGAGGUCUUUAAUGAUGUUCGAUUGCUACUUAAUAAUGAUAAUCUUCUCAGGGAAGGAGCAGCACACGCAUUUGCACAGUAUAAUUUGGACCAGUUUACUCCAGCUAAAAUAGAAGGCUAUGAUGAACAGGUAUUAAUAACAGAGCAUGGUGAUUUGGGCAAUGGGAAAUUUUUAGAUCCAAAAAACAAGAUUGCUUUUAAAUUUGAUCAUUUACGAAAGGAGGCUACAGAUCCAAAGCCUCACGAUGUUGAAAAUGCAAUUGAGUCAUGGCGAAACUCCAUAGAAACAGCAAUGAGAGCAUAUGUGAAGGAACACUAUCCAAAUGGUGUCUGCACAGUAUAUGGAAAAACUAUUGAUGGACAUCAAACCAUUAUUGUUUGCAUUGAAAGUCAUCAAUUUCAAGCAAAGAAUUUUUGGAAUGGUCGUUGGCGAUCAGAAUGGAAAUUCACAAUAAUGCCUUCAACCACCCAGGUAGCAGGUAUCUUAAAAAUUCAGGUUCAUUAUUAUGAAGAUGGAAAUGUUCAGCUAGUGAGUCAUAAAGACAUACAAGAUUCUCUAACAGUGACUAAUGAAACCCAAACAGCAAAGGAAUUUGUAAAGAUCGUAGAGGCUGCAGAAAAUGAAUACCAGACUGCUAUCAGUGAAAAUUAUCAGACAAUGUCGGACACUACUUUCAAGGCUUUGCGCCGACAACUGCCAGUUACUCGCACAAAGAUUGACUGGAACAAGAUAUUGAGCUACAAGAUUGGGAAGGAAAUGCAGAAUGCUUAAAAUGAAUAUGGCAAAUAUAAAUAAUUUUGUCCUUCUAUACAAAAUAAAAUUAUUGCAAAGGUGUUCAAAAUUGUGAUGUAUCACCUUGGCCAUAUGCCAUUGAAAUAACUAUAAGUAGUUUGGUUAGAACACAAAGCUUAGGUAACUUACUCUUUUUAUUUGUCCAUUUGUUUCUCCUUUACAAUUUAGAAAAAAAAUCAGUGUAGCUGAAAUGUUGAGAGCUUCUGAUAUAUUUAGAUUUUUAUAAUGACAUGCCUAUAGUUUUCAGUUAAACAGUUUGAAAAAAAUAUUUUUGCAUAAGAUUAUCCCAUGUUGCUUGCUGUCAUGCAAAAGGCAGCUUACCAAACACAAUUCCUUUGAAAAUAUUUGUUUCUGGAGAACAUGGAUUUUAGCCUAUAUAUAUUGCAGAAAUAUUCUGCCCCUCCACUCUGAAAGCUGGAGAAAAGCAUUUCUAUAUCCAAUCCUAUUCAGUUAUUUAAAUAGCUUAAUGUUAACUUUUUUUUUAAAGCCAAGAUCUAAUUUUAAUAAGUUGAAAUUAAACAUUAGUGCUUAUGUUCAAAAUGCAUUUAAUGUUCCAUUUGACAGCACCUCUGAUGAGUUGGGAUUUUAUCAGUUAUUUUUAUCAUGCAACCAUAAUUGUAUUAUAGCAAGGCAUAUUGUUAUAUAUAUGUAAUCCUAUACUCAUUGUGUGUCUGUCUUUUCUUCAGUUGAAAUGUACUAAAAAAUCUGUGAAUUAAAAAUGCAAGUUUUCUAUCUAGUUAUGAUUAUCAUUUCAAAUAUAUAUUUUACAACAAGUUUAAGAAGGAAUCAACCUAUUAAACAUUAAAAAGAAAUAGGAGCCCAUAAUAAUAAUAAUAAUAAAAUAUUAAAGGCAGAGAUAAGGAAGGAAAUAGAUGUGUGCGGUGGAGUUGUAGUGGAGGGAGCUCUUCUUCCACAAAUGGCUUGGAUCCAGGUGGAUCUUCAUCUAAUGACCAUGUGAGAUUUACUCAACUGGGAUUGCUGAAACUGAUGUUGCUAGCCAGAGCAUGUUUUGCUUAAUGACCACAUCACUUAGCAACAGAGUUGCCAGUCUCAAUUACGGUUGUUAAGUUUGGACUUUGUAAAUUGAUUCAAGCUCAUAAUGUUGCUGAAGGAGAAAAUUAAGUUUCCAUUUGAUAUUUAUAGUUAUGGAAGUAAAUUAAUGAAGGAAAGGAAAGGAUGAGAAAAUUUUAAUAAAUCACAGUAUAAUGGGGAGAUAAUGCAAGAUGCUUUACUUAUUAUUAUAAUAAUUAUUUCAGUUCUGCUAUGAUUAUUUGAACUAUCAGAAGACUAUCAGAAAAAUCACCUUUCUCCAAAGGGUGCCAUUCUGCUACAUAUAUUUUUUUUCAGAAUAUCAGUUUCUUUUUUCCAACUCGUUUUUAUAUUGCAUAUAAGUCUGUUGGACUACUUAGGAAGCAGAGCAGAAAUAAAAUACUGCAAUAAUAGAAUUUGCUGGGCACUCUCUUCAUGAUCCAGGUACAUUCCUGUAUGAAAUGGUUACAAUGUAUAGUUUUAUUUCCAUACCACAUUAGGUACAAGGUGAAAAUCUGCUAAACUGUAUUUUCUAAUUAUCGCAUAUCCCUCAAAAGUUGGUAUAUAUUGUAUAGUUUUGCAGAUUUGGUAUGAAAAUAGUUGGUAGAGGAUGGCUUUUACAUUAGGUUCACUAAGUCUACUUUGAUUAUUGAUCAUACAUGUAAGAAUUAGAUCUAGUUACAUUCUUUGAUGAUACUAUAUCCAUUUAUGCCAGUAUAGUUAAAUUUAGAUGUGAAAUGUACAGAUACUGUGAGAGAAAUCUUAGUUCUUCAGUGCGAAUGUCAGUUAUAUAAGUAGAGGAGGCCGGUACUCCCAUUAGGAAAAUCCUUAAUUAAAUAGCUUGGUGAAAUCUCUGAAGCAAACUAAAAGCAAGGAAGGUUUUUGGGAAGAUUUUUAAGUGGUGCAUGGUAUUCUUUUUUCUACAAUUCUAUUUUACAGAACAAUAUUUCACAUUUAUCAUUAGAAUUGUAAUAAAUGAGGGAAUUUCCUAAAAUAAAGAUAUAAAUUAUC